GUGACCGAGCACGAAGCGAAUCGCGGUCGCGAGUUUCUCGGCGCGGCCGCUCGCGCGAGUGAGGGCGGCAGUAUCGUUUCAACCGUCGAUCCGUGCGGUCGCUUUUGCGGCGUAGUCUGUGAUUUUUUUAGUGUAGCUCCUGAUAAUCCAAGUUAAUCUACAAUGGCGGAUCAACUGACAGAGGAACAGAUCGCCGAGUUCAAGGAGGCGUUCUCACUGUUCGACAAAGAUGGCGACGGCACCAUCACAACCAAAGAGUUGGGAACCGUUAUGAGAUCCUUAGGACAGAACCCCACAGAAGCAGAGCUUCAAGACAUGAUCAACGAAGUUGACGCAGACGGUAACGGCACGAUAGAUUUCCCCGAAUUCCUGACGAUGAUGGCCCGCAAAAUGAAGGACACCGACAGUGAGGAGGAAAUCCGUGAAGCGUUCCGCGUGUUCGACAAGGACGGCAACGGGUUCAUAUCGGCGGCUGAGCUGCGCCACGUCAUGACCAACCUCGGCGAGAAGCUCACCGACGAGGAGGUCGACGAGAUGAUCCGCGAGGCCGACAUCGACGGCGACGGACAAGUCAAUUACGAGGGUACGUACUCGCACUCACUCGCUUUGGGAUGUUGCACUCCACCGCCACACCGGCACCACGCCGCACGACGCUCCACGACCAAUGAUACCGACAUCUUGUUCCUGGGCCGUCACUAUAAUACAUGUACUUUAUUUAAUAUGCAAUGUUUUCACUAGUCACUUUAUUGACGUAUAGUUUUUCUAUAAUACCAAGAAUUUGCAGUCGCUACUGACGCAUGACCGAUCCUCAAAAACAAUGUACUGUCGACAGAUCAGUGUUCCACCGAUGUGAUUUAUUCUUGUGUGAUGAUAGAACCCAGUAUUAUAAUAUCGUACACGAGACUCCAGCAUGUAGCAUAGUACGUGUUCACACUAACAGUUGGGUUUGCUUGUUUCCAAAAGGUUCAUUUUAUUUAUAAACUUAAUCAUAAAAUAUUAUAGAAUUAUACUAAAUCCGGAAAAAAGUUUCUGGUAGUCUUGGUAUUGCGUACAAGAAAUGUUAAAGAUAUGUUUGACUACUAGUUAGAAUCCCUGCAAUGACCAUGAUACUGUAGUCGAGUAGAGUAAGCUAACCGGACGUCGUCGGUCUGGUUUAGAAAGCUUACAUUUAAAGUUGGUUGAACACAAAGUGGUAUUUGGAUCACUAGUUAGAUAGUAUCGCUUGUUGAGUAAGCUUGCUGUCCCGUUGUGCAUGGAUACAGUGUAACAAGUAUGGGAAGCUAGGGUUGGUCCGCGUCCGUGUAUGUGCAAUGUGUAUUCCAUCAUCCGACCGAGCGUUCUCUCUCUUGCAGACUUCCAUGCAUUCGCCAAAAUCAUUUUCGAUCGCGGCGACGGCAGCCGUUAGCGCACGGCCCGCCGCCACACUUGUGAUAUUAGUACCGUAACUAACCAUAAGAAAAGACUCUACGAUAACGCUGUGAUCUCGAAACAAUUUCCCCUAGUAGUGUGUAGUGAUCGAUGCAAUGAGCCCAACGGCCUACGUCGAGUGCGGUACGACAAUAGGUAUAUCCCAGUGUUAAUCUGAAUGGUUUGCUGCUCGUUAUUAACUGUUCCUUCCCUUGGAUAUGUUAGCUGGUCCCGCCACUCCCGAGCUGUCCCGCCCUACCCCGCCCUCUCACUCUCUCGUUGGGAUCUCACACUUGACUAUCGAUUGUGUCUAUUUACUCACUUGGCGUGGCGACUCGCCUGCAAUUUUGCCAUCGCCUUCCCAAUAAGGCAACAAAAUUACAGGCGACCGCCUCACAGGGACAUGUUGAAUAUUGUUUUCCUGUUGAUUGGUGCAUGUGUCUAAUAUCUGUAUAGAAGUUUUCCUAUAGAAAUACCACCUGGUGAUCCGCCCCGUUGUCCGAGGCCAUGCCUCUGCUUGCCCGUGUGCCGUGUGCGGUGCUUAGCUCUGCGACACUAGCUUGACCACUCUCACACCCACUCACACACACACGACACUGUGGCUAACAAACGAGCAGCAAACGUCGCGCCGGUACGCGAUCGAUAUCGUAUCGUAUCGACUGUAUCAUGAACACGUUGUAUAGGCUUCGCACGACACUAUCGGGAUAUGUUCGUUCGCAGCACUGGUAUCUAAUCGAGUGCUUCCGCCCAUCAUUUAUUAUUACUUUUAUCAUGAAUGUAUUUUGCGUUGAUAUAUCCAGAGGGUGGUAUUUCACAUAAUCCCCUUGUAGUGGCAUGAUGAGGUAAAAGUAAGGUUUAUUUAUGUUGUUCGUCGCUCCAUCAAGUACAUGCCUUGCUUUGUAUAUUGUCACUGUUACGAAGGCAUAUGUUUGGUGUUGACUCGAUUUAUUUACUGUUAAUACAUCUAGUGGUAUCUGUCUACUAGCGGUUACAUCUUUAGUGCAUCUCUAUCUCUGUCGGUUACUUUCGUUGUGUUAAUAAUGUUUGUGUUAACAUUUUAUCUUAGACAUGUUAUGCAAGGGUUUAUGUGACACUUUUCUUGUAAACUCCCGCUGUGCUCCCCUGGCAACUGUUCUAAUGCUGGUUUGUGUUUCUUUCGCAGAAUUCGUCACCAUGAUGACGUCGAAGUGAGCCGCCGGCUAGUGUGUGUGUAAAAAGCAGAGAAUUUAAAUAUACAUUUUGUUUCAUGACACACAAUAUUACCAUCGUAUUGGACCUGCAUUUCUCUAGUGUUUGCGAUAAAUUAAAUAUUGUCAUCGUUUCAGUUUAAUGAUGUACUUGUAACGUUGGGCGCGGACGACGGAGCGCGGCGGCAUGUCCCCGCGCUCCGUCGUCUCCGCCUUCUCUUUUUAUUUAGAUUUAAAGUAUUCCGUUAAUUUUACUAUGUAAGAAAAAUUUUAACUGUAGCGGUACAAAGGGAAAACGAAUAGGUGUGCGUCGCAAUGUGAUGGUAUAAGUCUCGGGUUCGUGUCGGCUCAUAUUUAUAUUUGUGUAUAUUGGGGCGGCCGCCGUCCUGUAUGUGUGCGUGCGUGCCUCUGUUUGCGUCGCGCCCUAGUGUCUGCGGUGCUAGCGUCCCGCACCUUUCCGAUACAUUUUAAUGUAAAUUUUUUUCAAGUAUGAGAUAUUUAUAAAGUACGUGAGGAAUAAAAAUUUAAAAAAUCCCAAAAAAAGAUAGUGUACCCGGCGGACGGCUCCCUCCGCCCGCUCCACUCCGUGUACAUUAUGAUAACGUAAUAAAUGUUUAAAUUUAACUAACUCAGUAAACGAAUAAAUUAGAUUUAUUGGUACUGCAUUAAUUGUAUCUGUAAAUGACUUGAUAAAUAUUAUAUUUCUAUUGUUGGUGAAACUAAUUCUAUCGAAAUGGAAAGUAAUCCGCUCUGUUAUUCUCUUACCACAUUUGAUUCAUUCUGUUAUUAAAUUUUACAAAAGACAUACUGAAAAUAAAUGUUUCUUCAUUUUUAGGUCAAUAAG